UGUUGGAAAUAAAUUACUUUUUUCUUGUAAAAGCCACGAGCAGACCAAGGCAUUUAAAUAAUAAUGCAUUAUUAAGAUUUAAAUAAUUAACAAUAAAUAUCGCGCGAAAUGGUUUUGUCAUUUUGUGUCAAGAGAUUUAUUUUAUCAAGAAGUAAUGUUCUUAAAAUACCAAAACGUAAUGGAUACAUAGUACUUCUUCCAGAAAUAGGCGAAGAAUGUCUACAGCAAAAUUUACUGAAAGAAAAUAAAACGCCAGAAUUCAAUAAUAUUACUAUUGAAAAAUGUAUAGUGGCAAUUCGGAAACAAGUUGCAGAAUGUGACAAUAGAAUCCAGAAAAUAGAAACAGAACUACAAGAUAACAAAGAUGUUAACGUAUUCAACGAUAUUUUAUUACCCUUAGAAGAAACAUACGUUCCUUUAGGAAUAACAUAUGGUAUAGCACAAACAUUGUAUUAUGGAAAUCAAACUUUGAUACCAACAAAAUCUUUCACCGAUAUCAAUAUACGUACUAUGAAAGCAAUAGAGAAUAAAUUUAGUAGCUUACCAAUUUAUGAAGCUUGUAAACGUACUAAAGAAAAUAACAAUAUUCAAUUAACAAGUCAGCAAGAAAGAAUAUUAAAUAAAUAUAUAAUUGAAGGAAGAUUUAAUGGAUUAGAACUUUCUAAAAAGAAACAGGAAUGGCUUACAACUAGUUAUCAACUUCUAUAUCAACAAGAAAUGGAGUUUACUAAAAAAUAUGAGAGUGCAACUAAAAAAUAUGCUCAUGUCAUAAAAGAUGAAAAUAACGUCAAAGACUUUUCCAAUGAAUUAUUAGAAGCUACAGCAGCAAAUCCUGCAGAACCUCAUGUAGGUCCUUGGACUAUCACUGUGAAACCACACGUUCUUAAAUUAUUCUUAGAAUGUUGUUCUAGUCGAUCUUUACGUUGGAAAAUGUGGCUAACAAAUGCUACAUUAUUAUCUCCUUCGGAUGAAAAAAUGUUGCAAACAAGUAGUAUAUUAAAGGAAAUGUAUUCUAUGCGUAAGCAACAAGCAUCUUUAUUCAAAUAUGAAUCGUAUACUCAUAUGAAUAUAGCAAAAAUAACUAAUAGUUUGGAGGAAUUAAAUAAUACAUUUGACAUCUUAUUAGACAGUGCUCGUAAUGCUCAGAUACUUGAGAUAGAAAAAUUGAAUAAAUUUGCGAAUGAAAAAGGAUUCACCGAUUCUCUCAAGCCAUGGGAUAUCUUAUAUUGGAAUAGACAAUUUCAAGACAGUCUUUAUGAAUUUAAAAAAGAGUCGUUGAAAGAUUACUUUCCAUUACCAAAGGUAUUAAGUGGAUUAUUUGAUUUACUUAAAAUAAAUUUUGGUCUAGAAAUUGUGGAAAAUAAAAAAGUAGAUAUUUGGCAUAAAGACGUUUCUUUCUACGAUAUAUUUAAUACAAAUAUAUCAAGUAAAGAACCGAUAGCAAGUUUUUAUUUAGAUCCCUAUGUAAGAGGUGACGAAAAACCUCAUAGAGAUCAAAACUCUGGAUGGGUAAUAAUAAUAAAAAAUAGAAGUAAAUGUUUGGACACAAAACCAAUGUGUUCCUUAAUAUUUAAUUUUCAACGUCCAAUGAAUGGAAAACCUUCGUUACUUUCACUUGAAAACGUGCGAAUACUAUUUCAAAAGUUUGGUCAUGCAUUACAUCAUAUGACAGCUACAACCGAUUACGCAGAUAUUUCUGGACUAUCUUACUUAGAAUGGGAUACAGCCUACAUUUAUGAUUUCUUUCUUGAGAAUUGGUUAUAUGAACCAUCGACUUUACAAAUGAUUUCCGAACAUCAUGAAACAAAAGAUAGUUUACCAGCAGAAGCAGUUGAAGUCGUAAAAAAUUCAAGAUUACAAUUAGCAGGAUAUAAUUUAUGUACAGAACUUCUUUUCUCACGAUUUGACUUGGAGGUAUAUUCAAGCGAUGAUUCUUGGAGAGAUAUAAUGGAACGUCUAUGGAAAGAACACUUCAUAAUACCGAUGGAAGCAAAUGAUCCAUAUAUUUAUUCUUUUAAACCCAUGUUUUCUGUACGUUUAAGCACAAAUUAUUAUUGUCGCCUUUGGUCACAAAUGAUUGCAGCAGAUAUAUAUAGAGCAUUUCAAGAAAUACCUCUUGAAGACAAAAUUAGUUACGAAGAAGUUUGCAAAAGAUUUCAGGAAACAUUUUUAUCUUUAAAUAGCACUUGUCCAAUUAGUGAAAUUUUUAGAAGAUUCAGAGGAAGGGAUCCAAAUCCAAAAGCACUUCUAAAAAAUCUGGAAUUAUAUAAAACUGAGUAAUAAAAAAGUAUCGUAAAUAAAUUUUAAGAUUUUCCACAUA